GUUAUAAGUGGAAUAGCAUAGUUAGGUCAUCCCGCUGCUCAAGAGCGUCUUCUCUCUCUUCCCCAAUCACUCCCCUCUUUGCAGCACCUCAAGAUUUUGCAGACAGAAAAGAUGAGUGGAACAGGAGAGAAAGGAUCAGCGACCACCAAAACUCCAGCUGACUUCCUUAAAUCGAUCCGGGGAAGACCAGUUGUGGUCAAAUUGAAUUCUGGAGUUGAUUAUCGAGGUAUUUUAGCAUGCCUUGAUGGAUAUAUGAAUAUAGCUAUGGAACAAACAGAGGAAUACGUUAAUGGUCAACUCAAAAAUAAAUACGGAGAUGCGUUUAUUCGAGGAAACAAUGUUCUUUAUAUCAGUACAUCGAAGACAACUCUUGGUGAUGGGGCAUAGUUUACUGUUUUCUUGAGAUGAUUGGUUCAUAUUAUCAUGCUUGUAACAGCAUUACAAGUUCUAGUAAUUUGUCAGUUCUGUUGUUAAUGAUACUUCUAAGUUCUUAACUAGUGGAAGGACACACUAUUGUUGUAAGUUCUGCUUCAGUAGUUCAGUCAAUUGAGAAUUAUGUUUUGUGCUCGUGAUGAUACGUUAUUAGUUGUAAGCAGGAAACUUAAUUUUAUUUUUAACGCAAGAGUUGAUGGUAAA